AUGACCAACAUGCAUGCGCAGGCCGCGUGGCCCGGAAAGCCGUGUGGCAGUGUCAUGGGUUGGUGGGUUGGUGGGGUUUGGGGGCAUGUCCUUCGUCCCCCCAAAAGACAAAUCACCAACAGGAGCCUGGCUUGCUCGUCCCGGAAUAGGCGUCCAGCAGCAGUAGUAGUAGCAUUGAUUGGGACAGGACCUCGUCUGCCUGAUGUUCGCCCUCCCUCCUCCUCCGUCUCCAUCGAAUGUGACCCAUCACUGGCACAAUGUGAUAAGUUGCAGCCUACGGUGUCGAUCGCCAUCCUGAUCUGGGAUCAUAAAAUGCGAGACUUGACAUGGAUAACUGCUCCAUCGACGAAUCACCAGUCAAGAAAGGGCUAUUCGACCGCAGCAAGCGAAGAAGGAUUCUCCUCAUAUGCAAGACCAAGUAUAUACCCCCCCCCCGGCUGGUCUCGCAUUGACGGCUUCAAGGCAUGCAAUGUUGGUGCAGAGGAUUUUGAGUUGGGUGUGGCCUACAUGUACUAUCCGGCAUGCGAGGAAAAACAAGCCUCUCCUCCUGCAAUAAGCACAGAAGCAGAAUGA